GCAUACAGUACUGAAAUUUUGUUGUUGGUCAUACUGCUAAAACUAAAACUUGUUAUGUGAGUGAUAGCACGAUUAUUUCAAAGAUAUUUUCACAAAAUAUCUUCAGAAAUGUUGUAACUACAUUAUGACGUCAUGUAUGUUACACUGACGUAGAGAACAAAGGUUGGCAACACAACGCUAGUAUUAAUGAAGUGACAUGGUCCUGUGGCUCUGGAGGGUUGUCCUAGGAUAUCUCUACCUGUUAAUUAUACCCGGAUGUGCACGAUUCACAAACGACAAACGAGAUUAUAGAAAUCCUGAAAUCAGCACGAGGAAAUUUUCUUAUCUAAAUUUGUUAUUUUAAUAUAACAAAUCUUUAUAAAACGCGCAUUGGAGCUGGAACGGCAAAGAUUCAAUAGCUAUAUAUGAACGGAAGUACAUGUAAACCCACGUGAUGUAUCUGCGUUAUGUGUGUAAUGUAAAACUAAUUUAAUUAACAAAAUGUUUAUUCACGUGAUUUUUUCUUCUAUAGUCGCCAAACGUUAGAUUAUAACACACAACUGUUAUGACUGUUAUGGGCGUACAGUUGUUCCUUUGAAAUCGCUUUGGAAGUGUUUUAUUUAUUUAUUUGUUUAUUUAUUGUUUGUUUUGCAUAUUAUUUCUUUUAUUUAUUGCUUGCUUUAUUUAUUUUUUUGAAUUAUUUAUGUUUUGAUCUACGUUUUAUUAUUAUUUGCUCUUUCUUUGGAUACACUAAUCGUGAUUCGCGUUACCUGAAUGGGUCUAAAAACCAAUACUACCGGAUAUUGAACACAAAUCUCAAAUCAGAACUGUGUCACGCUUCAUUUGCGACCAAAACAUCCAUCUUCAUUUGCGCCGUGAAUCCAGGCGGAACCACUCAUCAGUGUAAUUAAUCUACAGACUUUGUUGCUAGUGCUUGGAGAAAAUCGGAGGUUCAUAAAAACCACAGGUUGUUUACUACGUGAAAGCAUGGAGGAAAUCCAAACCUCCAGCCAGUCAAUGAUGCUGAUAUCGGAGAAAGAGCGGGAGUACCUGGCCAAGCUGUGCUGGCUGCUGCAGGACGCGGGCACACAGGCUCUGAGGACAACCUUCAACAGCAUCCACCCCCCACUGAGCCUCAACGAGCACCUGUCCCACUACAACAUCAAGGCCGUGCUCACGAAGCUGAUGGACGCGCGGGUGAUCGACCAGCGGCACUGGAACCUCAUGUACCCGAAGAAGAACCGGCCCACGUCGUCGCAGUUGUACGACGCCAAGCUGACGCUCAUUUUGCUGGAGACGAUCUGCCACCUGUCGGCGCCGUACCCGGGCGGUUGGCAGUCGAACCCCCUGCAGACGGACACCAGUAUGAGCGCCGACCUCGUCCGUCUGCAGAAACUGCUGCAGCAGAUAGGAUCUCUAAGCGGCGUGCGGCACGACGAGUACCCAGUGUUAUGGGACCAGAUCGUCGAGGUGUUGGAGCGACUCGGGGGCCAGGACGUCAAGGUGCAGAUCGAGACGAUCCAGGGGGAGGUGGUGCCUGAGGACCAGCUCGACCACUACAUCCAGCAGCUGAAGGACAACUGGAGCUAUGUGAAGGAGAAGAACAUCCGGCGACUCAGGCGGCUGUACGGCAGGGGCGGCAUGGCCAAGCUGUCGUCCAUAGCAGUGAGGAGGGACCCGCGCGUCAAACACGAGAAAGAAGGUUUGAGUCUGGAAGACAAGGAGGUCCUAACGACGAUGACCAAACUUCUGGCGGAGCAGGUCAUUGCCGAAGACAUCCUAGACCGCCUGCAGCAGGGGCAGAUAAUCAAGAUCGGCGACCGCCACGAGAUUAUGGCGCUGACCAAAAACUCGGACCGGAUGCACAUGGUUCUGGACAAGAUCCAGACAUCCAAGUCAACGCACGGACUGAAAAUACUGUGCGACGCCCUCAAGUUCAACCACCCCGCCAUCUACGAUACCGUCAUGGAUUACAGGAAGACUGUCUACAAGCAGGGGGUGAAGGAAGUAGUGGACUUGGUGAAGGUGUGUCAGACCGCCAUGUGCAAUCAGUACCGGACCGUGUUCUCCGCAUUCUACCCAAUCCCCUGGAACGACAACUUCAGCGUCAACGUCUACGACUACUACGUCUCUUUAGACGUAUUCGAUGAACACGGCCAAAAGCAGGACCUCAGAGACAUACUGCCAAUGCAGAAAGCAGCAGGUGUCGGCAAAAGGAUCCUAAUUGAAGGGUGUUCAGGAAGUGGCAAGUCAACGCUAGCAGCGGUGUUGGCGUCCAUGUGGGCAAACAACAAGAACUACUUCAAGCACAGUUAUGACUUCCUCCUAUUUAUUGAUGCACAACGCGUCUCAGAUGAUUUCUCCAGAGAAGUCUAUCACAUGGUCGUACCGGACAGGACACCGAUCACUGGACAAGAGUUCUGGUCAGUCCUAGAAGCUAACGCCCGUAACGUGGUCAUUCUUGUCGAUGGCUAUGAUGACAGAACGAACUGCGAGAAACUCCAUCAAAUCCUCCGUGGGAAGAGGCUUCGCAAGAGCUCAGUAAUCCUCUUUGUCACACCCGAGAUGCACGUAGACAGGCACAUAAGUCCCGACUACAAACUUUUUAACACCGGACUGGGAACAAAUGGCAGAUUAGAGUACAUGAAAUCAUACGCCCACCUAUUGAAGCUCACAAAAGAGAAUGUUGAAGUUCUCAAAGAGUAUCUAUCAAAGAAAGAGUGGCAUCUGUUGCCUCAUUUGUCUUCACCCUUUGUGUGUUUUAUGUUAAUAAUGGUGUACCACAGCAACACAGAACUUGAUUUGCUCACAGUAACAACGUUAUCAGCUCUCUGUGAGCAAUACUGCAUUGUGGUGGCAAAACAGUGCUGCAAACGACAAAAUCUAGAAUAUCAAAAUAAUAACUUUCCCGACGAAGUCAAUGAAGCAAUAAGGACCUUAGGAUCCUUGGCAUUCAAUGCUGUUGUUUCAGGGAAAGUUUCUUUUUCUGAAGCAGACUUUUCUCAGUACUCCUUUAAUGUCUUAAUAACAAAGUGUGGAGCCAUGACCAGGAAUAAUAUGACAUUCGAGUACAGGUUCCUGUGUACCAUGUUCAUGGACUUUCUUGCAGCUCAGCACAUAGAAGGAAUGAUGCAUGCUGAUGUUGUGAGGAUGAUUAGCGAAAAUAACUUCUUGGACAAAUCUCGCUAUGCGCAGCUUGUUUCAUUUGUAUGCGGUUUGUAUGAAGAGGAACCAGGUGUCCCACUCAUGGAUAUGGUGCUCCAAGAGCUCGCCGAAGACGGCGCAGUGAAUGAAAUUAUGUGGGAUGAAAUAGAAAAGGCAGAACGUGAAGAGGAACAAACUGUAGAGUCAGAAGUCAAUGGUGUAGAACACAAUGGUGUAGAACGCAAUGGUGUAGAACCCAUUGAGGAAGAACCCGAUGAGAUAGAAACCCAAGAGGCAGAAAUCGCACAGCGAGAAACCAAUGAGGAAGAAACCCAAGAGGCAGAAUCCAAAGAGGAAGAAACCAAAGAGGCAGAAUCCAAAGAGGAAGAAACCAAAGAGGCAGAAACCCAAGAGGCAGAAACCCAAAAGGCAGAAACCCAAGAGGCAGAAACCCAAAAGGCAGAAACCGAUGAGGCAGAAACCCAAAAGGCAGAAACCAAUGAGGCAGGAACCCAAGAGGAAGAAACCAAUGAGGCAGAAACCCAAGAGGCAGAAAUCACAGAGGAAACAACCCAAGAUGUGGACAAUAUGAGCGAAACAUGUCCAGAACCAAGCUCAGCCCACAUAUUAAAUUACUCUCACCGUUUGCACGGGGUUGCUGAAUGUUAUGAAAGACCUAAUGCUGCAGCAAACCUCGCCAAGUCGAUGUCGUCACGCCUUUUAAUCAGAAGAAAGGGACUCUUUCAUCAUAACUGCAUUUUGGGGCUAUCGUGUGUAUUGGAAUCUGAGUACUGUCACGUGACCCACAUUGACAUAAACCUCCUGCCUGUUUACCUUCACCAGGAUGAUAUAUAUACCAAACUGGCCAAUGCUCUGGGCAAGAAUUCCAGUCUGCAACAUUUGAAAAUCUAUUGGUGGUCGUUGGAUAUAAUGGCUAAAUUUCUUCGCACUGUAAUGCGCGAUGGCAAAGCAUUGGAAAGUCUACAACUUGAGGAUUGUACAAACCACGCACUAAAUGAUAUUUCUUCAAUGACCUGGUCAGCCUUACAAGACAUCUGUGCAAACAGCAAGAACGUGAAGAGAUUUGUGUUUAAUAACUGUCAAACUACUGCUGUCGUGUGCCACAUUAUCAUCCAUCUGCCGUGCAUUGUAGAGGAGCUGGACUUCAGUAAGUGCCUCUUCAAUCUGAUGUGUUCCAGUGCUAUUGCAUCAAAGCUGGAAUGUUCAAAGAUGUUUCGACGUCUGGUCCUGAGUGGCACGAAAAUUCAGAGUUCGGAUUUUAGUGCCUUGGCCCAGGGAAUAAAGCGGUCGAUUUCACUGCAAGAGCUGGACCUUUCCAGCACCGAGCUCGACCAUGUCGGGAUCACUGCUGUGGCAGAGUCGAUCAAACUGAACAGCACGUUGACGACUCUGGAUCUGAGUCGCUGUCAACUAGACGCGUUCAUGUGUAGCAAGCUGGCAGAUGCUCUGCAAUACAGCCGAUCCAUGAACACACUGGUUCUUAUAGAUUCUGACGUGUCGUCACGUGGAAUUCGCUCUCUAUUGGAUGUAGCAAAUUCGAAAAAGAAAGGGCUACAACUUGUAAGAUCAUGAACUAACAUUUCAGUGCUGACAUGUAGUUUUGUAAAAUGUAACUCAUUCGAAGAUGAUGCUGCAACUUGUAUUAUCAUGAACAAACAUCUCAGUUUUGAGAUUCAGGUUUAUUAAAUGUAGCCCAUUCGAAGAUAAUGCUGCAGCUCGUAAGAUUAUGAAGUAACAUCUCUAUGUUGACUUUUAGUUCUAUCAAAUGUAGCCCAUUUGAAGAUGAUGCUGCAAUUUAUAAGAUCAUGCACUAACAUGGUCAUAUUGACUUUUAGUUUUAUCAAAUGUAGCCCAUUCGAAGAUGAAUAAGCGUCAACUUGUAAGAUUAUGGAGUAACCCUCCUCACGUGGACCUUUAUCUUUCUGAGCUGUAAUCCAUUGGAAGAGGAAAAGGUUUCUACCUGUGAGACAAUGAACUAUUGUCUUCGCGUGGAUUUAACUUAACCAUCAGUAGCCCAGUCGAACAUUAAGAAACGUCAAUUUGUUGGACUAGGAACCAGGGACCAGUUUCACAAAAUGUUGUAAGCCUAGUUUUAUACGUAAACGUAAAUCUCCGACUGGAAAAGCACAUUCUGUAAGUGAAAACAGUACAAAUAAUAAAUUCCGAAUACAUAUGAAUAAUUGUCUUUCGUCCCUAUUGUGAUGUGUCUUUUGUAAUGGCGUAAUUUUCUACGUGAAAUAGAUUCAAAAAUAUAUAGACAUACCACAGGUGUUAAAUGGGUAACCCAUAAAAGUAAACUUACAAUGUUUUGUGAAACUGACUCCAGGGCCAUACUUAAUCGAUGGAAAAUGCAAGGGUGGGUAAUUUUUAGUCUAAACGUGCCUUGUUUUUUGGCCUAGCUGGGAGAGACCUUGUAUUACUAUGUGUCCUGGUUCAUUGUUUUAAUUGCCCAUCCUCUAGUUAUUUAGGGCUGUAUAUGGCCUGUCAAUUAAUAUCUUCAUGUGGAGUUUAGCUUAAUCAGAUUUAGCCCAGGCGAAGACAAAGAAGCUUUAACUUGGGGACCAAGGACUAAGUUGAAUUACAGCAUAACGGGUCCCUUGACGACAUUUGUCCUUCAUGUUCUAAAGAACCUUACAAACCCACACGAAGGUGAACCAGCUUCAGUCUUUCGAAUCAUAAUGGCACAACUUUACAAAGCCUGUUUUUUUAAACUUACAAGCUUGUAACUACUUACAUUUACAAUUCUUAAAAACCUGUAUGUACAACCACAAAACCACAGGCUGUGUAAACUAGUUCCAAUAUGAACUUUACAAUUUUUAGAAUUUUCCAAAAAUGUUUUUAUUUCAUUCAGCAGUCAUGUCUCUUUGCAAUUUGCACAUGAAAAUAUAUAGUGUUUUAUAAAUUAUUUGAAUUAAAAUUAUUUUAGCAAAAUAGAGACUUAUGUAAACACACAUUAAAUUUAGUUCAUGAAAUCAUAAAGUGUGGAACAAGACAUAACAGCUAUUAUGUUAUUACAUUUAAGUUCUUGUUUUGGGGGUUUUUUUUUAAUAUAUAUUCUUGUUUUCGUUGUCGGCUGUAUGUUAACUAAAUGCACUUUGUAUGAUAAUAAGGAUACGAUUGCCAACAGAUACGGAAACGUCUAAGUGUAAAAAAAAACCCAACCUGAAAUGCGCUUUACGUCAUCCGUUGUUGCGCUUUAAUGCCAUUUACAUGUCAUGUAUUUUAGCUGAUGUUUAUGAAAUGCGUGUGUUUAUGUAAUUUGUCAAUCCAAGACUCUUUCAAGAAUCUCUUGAGUACAAAGUGAGCCUCCUGAGAAAUCACCUUAUCCUGUUAAUAGAAUAUCAGUUUUCAAACUCGUUCAGUAUAUGAAACACUACUAGCAGGCACAAAGAGGUGCUAGAAGGAUGGAGAAGCGGUGUGAAGAUGUGGUCAAUACAGCCUGGCAAGAGAGUGAAGAGGUAGCUGCCUGUAACACACGCUGGAAGUUGUAGAUCGCAAUUAAAUUAACCACAGUUCGUGUACGUGUACGUCUCACAAUCAACUUAACUACAAUGCAUGCACGUGUCGCAAAAUUUAAGUGCAAUCUAGUUACAUUUGGAGUAAGUGUAUGUGUUGCAGUCAAGUUACAGUUCGUGUACGUGUACCAGUCACUACUAACUUCGGUACACGUACAUGCUGGGAAUAACAAACGUACUAUUGUAGAUGUAUGAUGUAAAUAUACUACAAACCAACUAAUAUCAAUGAACAUUUACAAUACACCAAAUGGUAAUUUAUCUGAACUGAAAUUGAUCAAACUAUUUCGAAAUUUGUUAGAUUCAUUAAACUGAUUGCCUAGAUGACCUUAAUUAAUUUAUAGCUUUUUAAGUCCUAAAAAUAACAAUAAUUUUAAAAAGUAUUAUACAAAAUAAUUAUAAUAAUUUAAAAGUAUAUAUCAAAAACUUGCCUUAACAUCAUUUAAACUCUUUAAUGCAAAUUACACAUUGAAUACAUGUGCGUGUCAUUGCUAUCAAAGGUUAUUAUCGGCUGACUGCAAAAUAAACGUUUGUCGCCAU